AUGACGUCCUGCGGAUCCUCGCAGCUCGACACGGGCUGCGGCGAGUGCUUCUCGGCGGUGGCGGGCCGUACGCUACCGCCUCCCGGCCCGGCUGGCCGCGUCGCGAUCGCUACAGUGUGGGACGGCGGGCACGGCUACGCGUGCGCCAUCCCGCUGUGGUGCCAAGGAGCGUCGCGGCUGGCCAGCGUGGUUGGCGACGCAGAGCUGCUGAUCCUCUCGCCAAAGGUGAGCGAGGACUGCCCGAGCGCGCGCUACCUGCAGCCGGCUCGCACGAUCCAGGCGGCGCAGAGCUACCUCCACCGCCACGAAGGCAGGCUCGGCCGCAACUCUGGCCAGCGCGGCGCGUUCGCGGUGUCCAACCUGCUCAAGGUCGCCUUCCUCUCGCUCGGAUCGACGUACGAGCUGCUCCUCUACGCCGACCUCGACAUCGACCUCAUGGCUCGCCCGCUCGACGCCGCCACCUGGCGCAGCGGCGCGGAGGCGCUGUUGCGCUCUUCGGCGCUCUUUGUCUCGCUCUUCGACCACGCGUCGCCCGUCAACGGCGGGCUGUGGCUGGUGAGGCCGCGGUGCGACGUCUUCUCGCAGGCGGCGGAGCUGCUCGAGCGCGGCCGCUGGAGCGCCGCGGAGGGCUUCGACGGCGUCGGCGCGCCGCGCUCCUUCCCCCGGAGCCGGAUGCGGGAGGUGGCGGGCCUGCUGGCUGCGGGCUCCGACGCGAGCCUGUUCAAGGUGGAGGGGACGAUCAACGGGACGCACUACGGCAAGCUCAACAGCUGGGACUUUGUCAACGGCGCCCUCGACCAGGGCCUGCUCUGGUACCUCUUUUACCUCAAGAACGACCUCGGCACCUGGGCGCGGUACGACCGCGGCGAGCUGCCGUGGCGCGUGGAGCACUUUUGGGGCGUGUCGAAGCCGUGGCGAGCGGCGGCGGCGCGCGGCUACUGGAAGCGGCUCGCGCCGCUCGAGGGCGGCCGCAGCCGUCGCACGCACUGCCGCAACCUGUCGAAGCGGGGAAGCCGGUGGGCCGGGGCCGCCAGCAGCACCGCCUCAAAGAGCCUGGUCGGCCCGCUGCCGUGGCCCGAGGGAAUGCGCCGCUUCGGCGACCAGGCCGCCUCCUGGGACCUGUCGCGGCCCGGUGACUGCCGCCGCUCCGGGCCCGACUGCAAGCAGAACCGUGAGGCGUUCAGUAUAUGA